GAGGCUCGUCAGAAGCGUCAACGACCCUAGAUCCUCAAUCAAUUGAAAACCUGCAUAUGGUCCGACUCAAAGAUCCAAGGAGACACAAAAUGCAUUGCUGCAUUGCAUCACAUUGUGCUGAUGUUGCUUCGUCCAGCAAUGUCAAGGACUAAAAAUUGGAGAAGGGACAGCACAACCAAAAAGGCGGCCAUCGAUUCCCGGCCCUCAGGCCCAGCAAUCCAAAUACCGCUUUGGUUCAGAACGGCCCCAGUCUUGAGCAAGGCGUGACAACAUUGCCAUAUUCUGUGAAAGCAGAGUUUCCGGUGUCUCGCCACUAGCGUACAAACACGGAUAUUGCGUACCUUCUCCGCUAGAAUUGCUCUGUUGCUUGGAGUUAAACCCCGCCCGCCUCAUUUGUUUGAAGAAACAUCAUUCCCUGAUUAAUGCAAUCAGAGGCCACCUUCUUACACCGACAGAUCUCUCCACACAGAAUGCAUCCAGUGCACGCUUGCAGAGAGUGAUGGCUCCCAGGUUCGAAGUGCGCAUGAGCAACCCGGCCGAGAAGGCGACUUGGGACCACAAAGGGCCAGGUUCCUACCUUGGCUUUGACCCCUGCAAGAUGAAGCGCAGUAAUUGCCAGUCCGCCCAGCGCUCGUAGCGUUGGCGUCCCGCUGUGUUCCCUGCACACAGCGCUUCCCCCAGGGGAACUCUCCCCCCCAUUCGCUGCAACUCUGGUUCGCUCUGCCAAAACCAGCAAACGCGCUCUACUUAGGGAGUAGGGAUCGGCUUUGUGACCCGUUCAAAAGCUCGCUUCCGCAGCAUUCCUCAGAAAGCAAGCACGCUGCUCUAGUAGACUUGCAAGCAUGGCUCGCACUUCCAGAGGCACCGCUCUCCCAUCCGAGGUCAUCUCAAACAUUCUGGGGCGGCUGGACGCUGCUGACGUGGCGCGCGGGAAAAUGGUGUGCGCCAGGUGGCGCGCCGCAGGAAGCCGGGUGAAGACCCUGCGGUUCACCGAGGAGACGUUCCCAGAAGGGAUGGCGCCUGAGCAGGCUCUGACAAUCAUGACAAAUAUGAUCAUGCAGGCCACCGAGCUGGAGUGCCUCGACAUGACCUACGUCAGCACCGCCGGCCUCCCUGACUCGCUCCUCACCGCGUGGCUCCUCGCCAUUCGGCCCACUCUAGUUACCCUUCGCUCGACCAACAUCUACUCCUUCGAGCAAACCCUGGCCGGCAUGCGCCACCCAACCAUCGCGCGCCACGUCAGCGCCCACGUCCAGCGAACCGCGCUCCGCCACCUGGUGCUCUGCGGUGCCGAACUCCCAGCUGACGUGGCCCCCCUGCCGCUGCUGGAGACGCUCGAGCUGUCUGACGUCAGUGCCACGUCAGCGGCGCUCCGUGGUUUCGUUGCGGGGUGCGGGCGGCUGGCCAGGCUGACCCUCGCUGACUUGGACGGGUUGAACUGCAUCGAGCUAAGGUCGAACUCCCUCCGCGAGCUUUCGAUCGGUGCGGAGAUGAACUCGGUUAGCUUCACGGUUAAGCUCGACUGCCCUAACCUGCGCGCCCUGGCUCUCAAGAGCAUCAGCCUGCGCAGCGCGCACGUGGCACGCGCUUCCGCCCUGGAGACCCUCACUUUAUGUGACGUCAGCGGAGGGCCGAUCACUCUCGGGGGGGUGGGCGACCGCCUCCGGGCGGUAGUCCUGAGGGGGGUGACGUGGCAGCACGUGGGGGCGGCGAUGGGCGCGGCGCAGGGCAAGGACCUGCGCGUGCUCGAGGUUGACGACGUGGCAGGGGCGGACGUCUGGAUGGAAGAUGACGAUACCGACAGCGACAGCCACGUGGUCUCUCCGCGCUCCCCGGCGCCCCAUCGGCCCGUCGAACUGGACCUCCUCUCCGACACCGAGGAGGCCUUCGACGUCGAAACCCGCCGCCGGAUCGCCCUCCCCGCGUCGGCCGCGGGCGCCCUCCCGGCCGCGAUCGCCAGCUUCCAGAACCUCCAAACCCUGCGGCUCGGGGCCACGAUCUGGAACCUCUGCCGCCAGGCAGGGUUCCGGACGUCCGAGACGCGACAGCCCACCAACGAAUCAGCGGCUAAGGGGGCUGUAACGUUCCCGAGGCUGAGAGAGUUUGGCGUUACGGGGGCACCGGUCGGGGCGGACAUCAUUCGCGCCAUCGAAGCGAUGGUGAAAAUGUGCCCCGCGCUGCGGAAGCUGGCGCUGUGCGGCGAGCUCGGCAGGGAGAAAGCCGUCUCCGUCGCGCUGCCCCUCUCGCGGCUGCCCUCCUCCGGCUCCCGCACCUCUAUAGAUUCCGCCGCGCCAGCCUGCGACGACUCCACGUCCGGGGAAGUUCUAGACGGCUCCGAAAGCUCGUCGCCCACUUUCCACCAGGGCGCGCUCGCGCGCUUCCCCGCCGCUGCCGACCGCUUCCUUGACGUCACCCCGUCGGGCGCGUGCGCGAGCGGUGACGUGUGCGCGAGCGAGCGUGACGUCACCGCCUUCAGCACCAAGUUUGCGUUACAGGCCAUGGCCCUCCAGAGAAAGUACCCCAAACUAGUUGUCGACGUCCUGUUCCGGAACUCUGACCUGCAGACGGCCGACCAGUAGGACUGAUAUGCACGCCCCACAUUGGUAGAUUGCGGAAGAGUUGACUGAUUACAUUGCUGUGGUAGGAUAGAUAUCGUACACCGCUGUGAAGCUGAGGGACAGUAGAACGAUAGCACAUUGCUUUGAACAUUCAAUCCAGCGGAAUUUUCGAGACUGUACAAAGAGGAUUAACCUAUACUAAUAUAAGCUUGCCAUAGGAACCAUCGUCUGUAUGCAGUGACUGCCGUGCAAAAGUUUAACAUGCAGGAAUUUAGGUAUGAGUCCGGGGCCACCGUCGUCAUCGAAUCUUGG